ACAAACAAAAACACUACACUUGGCUUGAAUAUUGACAAACUCUUUAAUUUCUUUAUAUUCAUUUUUUUAUGAAAUUAUGAAACCAAACAUUAUUAAUAAUACCAAAAAAACACACCAAAGAUGUGGGACGUCAUAUUAUAUUUAAUUGAUAACCUUACAAAAUGGACCUUUGAAAUUUUCUUGAUUGUUGUGCUUUAAAUUCUUUGUGGAAUGACGGCAAAGGCAAAAGUUGCAGAAAAAGGGACCAAAGAAAUUUCUGCAGCAUCUCUUCUUUCAAGGAUGUUUGGGAAAAUUCUAGCCAUUUUCUUCGUGGGGUUCGCGGUGUAUGCUUAUCGCACACUGCAGCCUCCUCCUCCGAAAAUUUGUGGCACCCCUGACGGUCCUCCUAUCACAGCACCAAGAGUUAAACUCAGCGAUGGCCGAUACUUAGCUUACAAAGAACAUGGUGUACCGAAAGACCAAGCCAGACAUAAGAUUGUGUUCAUCCACGGGUAUGAUUCUAACAGACACGACGCUGUUGUUGCAACUGGCCUCUCUCCGGAGGUUAUAGAAAGCUUGGGGGUAUACAUUGUUUCGAUUGAUAGACCUGGUUAUGGCGAAAGUGAUCCUAAUCCAAAACGAACAGUAAAGAGCUUGGCGUUUGAUGUACAGGAACUUGCUGAUCGAUUAGAGCUCGGGUCCAAAUUCUAUGUCAUUGGAUUUUCGAUGGGGGGACAAGCCGUUUGGACCUUGCUCAAAUAUAUUCCUCACAGAUUGGCUGGAGCGGCUCUUCUAGCGCCGGUUACUAACUACUGGUGGCCUAACUUCCCCGCGAACUUGUCCACUGAAGCGUUCAGCCAUCAGCUUCCUCAGGAUAGAUGGAAUCUCCGCGUUGCUCACUAUCUUCCGUGGCUUACGAAUUGGUGGAACACACAGAAGUUUUUCCCUGCUUGUAGUGCUGCUUCUUACAACCCGGGCGUUCUUUCUCCCCAGGACUUAGCAUUAAUGCCCAAGUAUCGCGCCAGAAGAGUUUUUUACGCUCAGGUAAGACAGCAGGGACAACACGAGUCACUCCAUCGCGACCUAAUGAUUGGCUUCGGGACAUGGGAAUUUGACCCUAUAGAUUUGGAAAAUCCGUUUCCCAACAAUGGAGGUUCAGUUCACUUAUGGCAAGGGGACGAGGACAAGCUCGUCCCUGCAACACUACAACGAUACAUUGCACAACGACAACUUUGGAUUCAAUAUCAUGAAGGUCCUCCCGUCACCGCACCUAGAAUCAAACUUAGUGAUGGAAGACACUUGGCUUACAAGGAGUUUGGUGUACCGAGAGAGAACGCAAAAUAUAAGAUUGUGUAUAUCCAUGGGUACGAUGAAUGCAGGCAUGAUGUUCCGAGUAACAUCCUCUCUCAAGACGUUAUUGAAAGUUUAGGAGUGUACAUUGUUUCCUUUGAUAGACCUGGUUAUGGAGAAAGUGAUCCUAAUCCAAAACGAGCAGUCAAAAGCUUGGCGUUUGACGUACAGGAGCUUGCCGAUCAAUUAGGACUCGGGUCCAAAUUCUACGUCAUUGGAUUUUCGAUGGGGGGACAGGCCGUCUGGACCUGUCUCAGAUACAUUCCUCACAGAUUGGCAGGUGCAGCUCUUAUUGCACCAGUUGUCAACUAUUGGUGGCCUAAGUUACCUGUGAAUAUGUCCCUAGAAGCAUUCGACCUUCAGCUUCCUCAAGACAAAUGGACCCUUCGCGUUGCUCAUUACCUUCCGUGGCUCACCUAUUUGUGGAACACGCAGAAGUUCUUUCCGGCAUGCAGUGCUGCAAGUCACAACCCUGCUGUUUUCUCUUCAAAGGACCUAGAGCUAAUUUCGAAGCAAAGUUCGAGCCAGGACUAUCGUGCACAGGUAAGACAAGGAGGAGAAUACGAGUCCCUCCACCGCGACUUAAUGAUAAGCUUCGGAACAUGGGAAUUCGAUCCAACAGAUCUUGACAACCCGUUCCCUAACAAUGAAGGUUCCGUUCACUUGUGGCAAGGCGCCGAGGAUAAGCUCUCACCUGUCAUACUACAAAGGUACAUUGCACAACAGUUGCCAUGGAUACAAUAUCAUGAAAUUCCAGGUGCUGGUCAUUUGGUUCCAAUGAUUGAUGGAAUGGGAGAGAAAAUCGUCAACACGCUUUUAACCGCGUAGACUUGACAUUCUUAUAGCUGCACGUGCAAGAUGCGCGCAUGGUUUCAUCUUGCGCGUAUAUUUGCCUAUAUAUCUCGUGUUUCAUUGUUCGUUCAGUUUCAUUCAUAUAUUGAUGUCAAAAUUUUGACUUGGAGAGAAAUAUUUUGUAUCACAAAUAUCUUUUGAUACUUUGUAAUCCAUCAUAAUUAUUGUGAUACUAUGAAAUCUUGUUUUUGCC